UUCACAUUUACUUGGGCUGAUCAACAACGUCGGAAGAAUACACAAGAGCGCCUGGAACUAUAGCGUAGUUAGCUAGUUCACCAAACCACCGGUAAAAACAGCGAGCAUGAGGGCGUUAGUUGUCUUCAACAUUCUGUGUUUAGCACUAAGCCAGGGGUUUGACUUGACUAUCUUACACACAAAUGAUGUUCACGCGCAUAUCGAGCAAUUUGAUAAGUACGGAGGCCGCUGCUCCGAGGACGAGGCAGCUGUGGGUCAAUGUUUCGGAGGAGUCGCUCGCAGAACAACAAAAAUAAAUGAAAUUCGCAACUCUGAGCGAAACGUCAUACUGCUGGACGCCGGGGACCAGUGGCAAGGGACCCUGUGGUUUUCUAUCUACCAUGGCUUGGCAGCGACACAUUUCAUGAACAGACUGGGCUAUGAUGCUAUGGUACUUGGCAAUCACGAGUUUGACAACGGCGUAUCAGGUGUACAGUCCCUUAUUGGCAACGCGUCGUUCCCGGUAGUUGCCGCUAAUAUUGACGCCAGCAAAGUCCCUGAACUGCAGGGCUUGAUCAAGAAGUCACACGUACUCAGCGUCAGUGGAGAACGUAUCGGAAUUGUGGGAUUUGCCCAUAGCAAAACACCGUCUCUGUCAUAUCCAGGGGACCUGAUAUUCACUGACGAGGUAGAGGCUGUCCAAGCAGAGGUUGACAAGUUAACAUCCCAAGGCAUAAAUAAGAUCAUUGGACUUGGCCACGCUGGGUUUAUAGUGAAUCAGAAGGUCGCUGAACUUGUCACAGGACUGGACAUAGUUGUUGGCGGGCACAGUCAUAAGUUUCUCUAUUCUGGCCCACCACCGUCUAGGGAAACUCCCGUAGGUGAUUACCCAAUGAUCAUUACUCAACCAUCGGGAAGCGAAGUGCUGUUCGUUACUGCUUACCAUUACGCCAAAUAUCUAGGUCAUCUACACGUCACAUUUGAUCCAGCGGGGAUCAUUACGUCAUGGAAUGGAAAUCCCAUAUUAUUGGAUAACUCUAUUCCUGAAGAUAAUGCGAUGCUGAUAGAGUUGGAACCAUGGAAGAAAAAAGUAGCAGAAUUUGGUGCAGAAAAAAUAGGCAGUAGUCUGGUCGCGUUGGAUACCGAAGGCUGUAUAUCCCGUGAAUGCAGUCUGGGCAACUUCGUAGCAGACGCAUUGGUGCACGCAUUUUUACAGCCAUCCCAAGACAAAACUCGAUGGACUAAUGUCUCAAUUGGAUUUUGGAAUGGUGGCGGAAUACGGUCGUCAUUCGAUAUAGGUGACAUACUUGUAUCAGACGUCCUCAGUAUAUUCCCCUUUGGUAACGGCGUAGAUAUAGUCCAGAUAAACGGCAGUGCGCUGUGGGCCAUCAUGGAACAUUCCGUGUUCAACAUGGAGUCGGGACGAGGCCGUUUCUUGCAGAUCUCGGGUUUACGGGUGGUGUAUGACGUUUCUAAGCCGGUGGGUAGCCGAGUUGUCAGUCUUGAUGUAAGAUGCGCAGACUGUGUCGUCCCCGAGUUCAAACCCCUUGUAGAGACCCAAUUAUACAAUGUUGCAACUUCAACAUUCCUACUGGGAGGUGGUGACGGUUAUGAAGUUUUGAAGAACAACAUUCUCUUUCGAUAUGGAAUUGACGUCCUUGAUGCAGAUAUCAUGAUGGCCUACAUCAGGAAGUAUUCUCCCCUAAUUCACGGCUUGGAAGGGCGAAUCAAAUUUGUUACCGAUUCGGAGCCGACGGAAUGCAAAAGGAAGAUAAAGGAUUGGAAGACACGUGUGGUCGACUUCUUUAAGAUUUUCUGGUAGUCUCUAGUCAUUUCAGUCGCUUGCGACUUGCUUUCACAUUCAGACAUGUCGUUCUGUAUCACAAGUAGGUUGAUUCAAAGGGAAUAAAUAUCUUAUGAAGCACAUUGGAAAUCUACUUGAAUUCGCUUUCCCAACAUACCAAGAGCUUGAAUAAAUCUCUGAUGGUUAAUUUUUUGUCGUGUCAUGUCUAGUGCAACGUUGUUCCAAAAUACCAAUAUGCUUGAUGUGAAAAACAUCCCUAGAAAAAAA